UAUUUUUAUCAACUCUGAGAGAUUCGGAUGGUGUGACGAGCCGUUCUUACUGUGAUAUCGAUCCGAAUUGUGUUGAAAUCAUCGCGGAGUCACCAAAAACAAGAAUCAACCGCAGGAGCAUAUUCCAGACGUUUACAGGAUUUACUGCGCUUGCGUUUAAUUCGGACCGGACCUCCUCUAAAAGUGGAUAUUACAGUUAUUUCACUUUUCAGUAUCACUUUUUUGGGGGGGAGAGACGGAGGCGGAUACGAACUUGGCCGCUUUCAUCUCCAUCAGCUCUCGUAUCCGCUCGGAAACUGCUGUUUAUCAUCACGGAAGAUGAAAAGCUUGAUAUUCGAAGUGCUUUGUUUUGUGUCCAUCCUCAUCUCCAUCCGCUGCACACCGGCACCGGACACCGAAUCCCCGAGCAUCAGCCCGAGCUGCGCGUCCUGCGGGCUCAGACAGACGGAUGGAGCCACACGGGUGGACGUGGAUUUGCUGGAGGCGGUGAAGAGACACAUUCUGAGCCGGUUACAGAUGCGGGACAGACCCAACAUCACCCACCCCAUCCCGAAGGCGGCGAUGGUGACCGCGCUCAAGAAGCUCCACGCCGGGAAGGUGCGCGAGGACGGGAGGGUGGAGAUCCCGAACCUGGACGGACACGCCGCGUCCAUGAACGAGGUGGAGGAGGAGACGUCGGAGAUCAUCAGCUUCGCCGAGACAGACGAGUCGCCGACCUCCAAAACCAGCCUGUUUUUCAUGAUCUCCAACGAGGGCAACCAGAACCUAUACGUGUCCCAGGCCAGCCUGUGGUUGUACUUCAAGCUUCUGCCUAAUGUUUUGGAGAAAGGCUCGAGGAGAAAGGUUACAGUGAAGGUUUACUCGCAGGAACCGGGACUCGGGAGCAAGUGGAACUUGGUGGAGAAGCGCGUGGAUCUCAAACGCAGCGGAUGGCACACUUUUCCGUUGACGGACACCGUGCAAAUGGUUUUCGCCAAAGGCGACCGCCGGCAGAACCUGGACGUACGGUGCGAAGUGUGUGAAAAGAUGGGCGUCGUGCCUGUUUUGGUGAACAUGGCCGACGAAUCCCACCAUCCUUUCCUUGUGGUCCAAGUGCGAGCAGCCAACAACAAACACCGCAUCCGCAAACGAGGCCUUGAAUGCGACGGCAGCAGCAGCUUGUGUUGCCGCCAACAGUUUUACAUCGACUUCCGCCUCAUCGGCUGGAAUGACUGGAUCAUCGCCCCGUCAGGGUACUUUGGGAAUUAUUGUGAAGGGAACUGUCCGGCGUACAUGACCGGGGUUCCCGGAUCAGCUUCGUCUUUCCACACGGCCGUUGUGAACCAAUACCGCAUGCGAGGAAUGAGUCCGGGAUCCAUGAACUCCUGCUGCAUCCCGACCAAACUCAGCACCAUGUCCAUGCUGUACUUCGACGACGAAUACAACAUUGUGAAACGGGACGUGCCCAACAUGAUUGUCGAGGAGUGCGGCUGCGCUUGAGACUUCCAAAAUAUUAUACACUGACCAUCUUCUCAAAGCAACGCCAGCACUUCCCACAUCGAGUCCAUUGAGUGACAACCAAUCCAUUCGAGAGCAUCCGUCUUCAACGAACAUCUGCAAAGAGCUACAACAAUCCUUGGGUUUCUAAACAGACAUGAGGUCCAUUCAUAAAUCACAAGGCUUGUCUUGUUAUGUCUCGGUUGUGAUUAUUCAUGCAACAAGCCGAAGACACGCUUUUGAAACACAAGUGACUCCAGUGAUCUCAUGAGUUGCCAAACUCUUCAGUUACGUCAUGGUGCAGCAUAGCACUUGCAAAAAAUACUGUAAAUGCACAAUAUAAAGCACUUGCAGACUUAAAAAUGCCUUCGAAGGUACCAAGUGGCGCGCCUCGUUCACGAUUCCUAUAAAAUAAGUGCCACAAGCUAUGCAAUGUAUAGUAGUGACCUACACCGGAUGACCCACUUGUUAUGAACCGUUUUCAAUACUUGAAAUGUAAACUUUCGCUUCCUACUCUGAGCGGAUGGUUGUUACAAUAUUUGCACUGAAGUUGCAUUAUUAGUAAAGAAAAA